AUGUCCACUUAUGGAUGCAUUGGAAACUUGUUAGGAUGCUUCAAGGACUUGAGUGCUACACAAGUUUCAACAUUCAAAUCCAUACUCCCCCAUUACUAUAGAUGUAAGAAGCAGUUGCUUAAUAUCAUCACUGAGCAACCUCGGAAGUUGAAGUUUGCCGAUAGUGGGGAACCUGUGGUUUUGAUUGAUCCGAAAUCUCAUGGAAACGAUCAAUCAACAGAAGAUAAAGGGUUCGUUAAGAGAGACACAAAGUUCACAGUAACAGAUGAUCUGAUCAUUACACCAAUGAACUCUAGCUCAGCCUUUUGCUUACUAAAGAAGUUGCAGAAUCAAGCAGAUGAUCUAGAGGCUACUAGUUUGUUGAGAGCUUCCCUGGUGACAUCAUCUGCAUUGAACACUGCUUUGUGGAACUUGAUCGCGAAGAAGCCAUAG